AUGAUCCUGAACGCCUCUGAUUUUGGUUUGGAGGAGUCCUCAGGUGAAGCCCCUUUUCUCUUGCCGGACCAAUCCGAUCACUCACCUCCAUAUGAAAUCCCGCCCCUCAGCGUGUGGGGCGUGGCCCUGUGUGUGUCAGGAACUCUCAUUGCGGCCGAGAAUGCAAUAGUCGUAACCACGAUCUUGGCCACGCCCUCCCUACGUGCCCCCGUUUUCCUGCUGCUUGCUAGCCUUGGACUGGCUGAUCUCCUGGCCGGCGUGGCGUUAAUCCUGCACUUCCUCUUCCUGUUCUGUGUGGAACCCAGCGACUGGUCAGAGUUACUGACCUCGGGACUCUUGGUGACGUCACUGACGGCCUCCCUCUGCAGCCUGAUGGGUGUUGCUCUAGACCGAUACCUGUCUUUGAGCCAUGCCCUCACCUACGGCUCCAGCCAGUCCCGCCGCCAUGCUGCCAUCCUCCUGCUGCUCGUCUGGCUGGGGGCGGGUAUCAUAGGGGCGGGACCAGCAAUGGGCUGGCAUUGCCUAAGUGAGCCGGCCACCUGUUCUGUAGCACGACCUCUGACCCGGACAUACCUAUCACUGCUGUGUGGCGGCUUCUUGGUGGUCGUCAUCGUAACCUUACAACUGUAUGUCGGGAUAUGCCGUGUGGCUAGGCGGCACGCCCACGCCAUCGCCACCCAGAGGCACUUCCUCCCCGCCAACCAAUCAUACACAAACAAGCAUAGCAGUGGGAGGGGCUUCUCCCGGUUGAUCCUGGUUCUCAGUGUGUUUGUCGGCUGUUGGAUGCCCUUCUCGCUCUGGGGGCUGCUGGGUGAUGCCUCCAGUCCUCCUCUGUACACCUACGCUACCUUGGUGCCGGCAGCUGGGAGCUCCCUGCUAAACCCUCUGCUCUACAGUCUGAGGAACAAAGACAUCCGCAAAGUGCUGCUCCAGGCGUGCUGCCCUCACAGAUACACGAACAACACACAUGUGCACAACCCUGUAGAUGUGUAA